AUGCGAUGCUGCCGCGCACAUGGUCGCGUAGCCGGAAGCGCAGUCCCGUCCCUCUUGUGUCGAGAUGUCACCGGCCGCAGUGUCCCGUCUCUGUUUCGCACCUCAGCAAAGAGAGCAACAGCCAGAUACGGUGGCCUCUACCUGGCCUCAGCCCAGGCCAAGAAGACUCGUGCUGACCUAUGGCCUCGCUCGAUUGGCUCUUGUCGCCUGUUUACGUCCUCGACAGCCGCGACCCCAUUCCCGGCCAAGGCUGCCGGAGAGGAGCGUUCCAUCCGUGCAGGGGUCGAGGGAGCCCCACCAUCGCUGCCCGAAGACCUGCGCCUGCUGCUGCGCCAUCUGGCGAGCUCGGUGGUGGUCUGCACGGCGCUUGCCGGCGCUGGCGAUGCGCAGCAGCAGGACGACCGGCCGUCUGGCCUCCCCGUCGGCCUUACAAUGUCCUCCUUCACCUCGCUGAGCCUCUACCCGAGCCCGGUGGUGUCCUUCAACGUCGCCAUGCCCAGCCGGACCGAAGCUGCCAUCGCGCAGACGAGACACUUUAUGAUCCACAUCCUCUCGGGCGAUGCCAGCGGCGCACGUGUCGCCGACGUCUUCCGCUCCGGAAACGCACACCCCGAGAGUACGGCCCGGGCGUUGGAAGCCUCCGACUGCCGCCUGGUCUGGCCCCCGGAGUCGCUAGACCCGUCUUCCCCAGCCGGUCAGCCCUUCCUCUGCGGGCCGGGCGUGCUCUUCGUGCUGCGCUGCCGCCUGCUCGACGAACCGCUGCGAGGGCUUGUGCCGGUCCGGGACCACGUAAUCGUGCUGGGCGAGGUGCUGGAGAUCAUACAAGGCGGCGCAGAUCACGUCGACAGCAACGGCAUCCCACGGGUCGGCUUGGCCUAUGCCAACAGGCAGUACUGCCAGCUUCCGGGCGCAAACAUCCCGGCAGAGGAAACAGACAGGUGA